CUCAUCCGGAAAAUAAUGCUUAAACGAAUGGAAUCAGCGGUUCAGAUGGUUUCUAUGGCCUUUGGGGUCAUUGGGCUGAUUGGGGCCAUCCUCUGUUGUGUCCUUCCUCUCUGGAAAGUCACCACCUUCAUUGGAGCCAAUAUUGUUACCACACAGGAGCAACAGGAGGGUCUGUGGAUGAUAUGUGUGACCCAGAGCACCGGACAGCAGCAGUGCAAAGCGUAUGACUCUAUACUGGCCUUACCAUCUGAUCUGCAGGCUGCCCGAGCCAUGGUCAUCAUCGCCUGCAUCUUCUGUGGACUCAGCCUCCUCAUCCUGUUCUUUGGUGCAGACUUCACCACAUGUGUGCAGAACGAAGAUGCCAAGCCCAAAAUCUGCCUGGUGGCCGGGGUUGGCCUGCUGCUGGGUGGCCUCCUGGUGAUCAUCCCAGUUCGCUGGUGCGCUCAUUUUACUAUUAGAGAGCUGGGAGCUUGCAUCUAUAUCGGCUGGGCAGCAGGGGUUCUGAUGAUCAUGGCUGGAGGUCUGCUCUGCUGCUUCAGCAGACCCAAGUCCAGCAGCUCAGGAGGAACCGCCAAGUACUACAGCAGCAGUGCUUCAGCUCCAGGCAAAAACUACGUGUAGAGGCUUUAUGAAAGGGACUGGUGUCCAACAGAUGGGUAGUAAUGCAGGUGAACCAGAAAAAAAGUGAAAACGGGACACCAGAGUAUGCUUGUAAAUAAUUGAAGCUAAUAAUUGGAUAAAAUUAUUAUUUCUUUACUUUGAACUUUUUCUUACAUUUGUUGUGAUUUUAUGAUCUGUUCAAUUCCCAGCUAGCUGGGAAUUUAUGUUUCUGAUACUUUAAGAUGUG